AUGCUUGACAUUGCGCAGGGCCAUGUGCGGCGCGUGACCACGAAGGAGGGCGUCAGCGACAACAGCCCGUGCUGGAGCCCCGACAGCGCCCACCUCGUCUUCCUCUCCUCCCGCUCCGGCUCCUCUCAGGUGUGGGGCGUGAAGGCCACUGGCGGCGAGGAUGCCGUGUAUCAGCUGACCGACCUGCCGCUGGACGUGGAGAGCCUGCGCUGGUCACCCACAGGUGAGUACCUGUCGUUCUCUGCGAGCGUGUACCUGGACUGUCCCGCCGAGCAGAUGUUCCAGUGCACCGCCGACAAGAACAAGGAAGUCGAAGCCCGCGGUCCCAACACCGGAUUCGUGUACACGAGCCUCUACGUGAGGCACUGGGACGCCUACGUGACCGAGGGAAAGCACAACAGCCUCUUUGUCCUGCGCCUCGCCAAGACCGUCGACGGAUUCAAGGCCCUGUACCCGGCGCUUCCUAUCUCGUACGGCCUCAAGGCGGCCGCUCCCGUGCCUCCCUUCGGCGGGGCCGAGCAAUACGCGUGGUCGCCCGACGGCAAGGAGAUCGCCUUCACUGCGGAGAUGAUCAACCACGAGACGGCGUGGAGCACCGGCUGGCGCAUCUUCACCGUGGCCAUCGGCCAGCACGGUCCCGAGACCGGUAGCCUCCGCAACAUUGUGGACAAUGUCACCAAGGCCCGCACCCAGAACCCGACCUACUCGCCCGACGGCAAGUACCUGGCCUACCAGGCGAUGGACCGUCCCGGGUUUGAGGCCGACCGUCUGCACGUCAACCUCUACAAUCGCCUCCAGAAGACCACCGCUCCCCUCACCGCCCACUGGGAUCGAUCGGUGGAUGGCGUGCUGUGGUCGCUCGACAGCCAGUUCCUGGUCGCCGACGCCUCCGACAACGCCAACCACAAGCUGUGGACCAUCAGUGUGCCAUCGGGCAAGGUCGAAGAGCUGGUGGGCGCCAAGCACAACGCGAACCCGCAGUGGGCCAGCCCCGACCUGCUGCUCUUCUCCCAGGAUUCGCUGAUGUCGCCGGCCGAUCUGUGGUCGCUCCGGAUGAACACCCGGCAGGUGUCGCGGCUCACCGACAUCAACGCCGAC